AUGAAUUGGCUAAUCGGUGGCGACAGGGAUCAGAUACAAGCCAUUGUACAUCAGAUCCUCGAGAUUCUCGACGUCCCCUUUCACCGGAGUAUAGUUGAUGGAUUUACUGAAGGUAUCUUGGAUCUGAAGCAACGCGAGGCCAUGUCUGAUUCACCUAAGGUUGCUAGGGUAAGAGUGGAGACUGAUGUUUUCGUCCCGAGAUUUCCCGGUGUUGAUGUCAACGACGCGGAUGUGAAUCUUGCGGUGGCUCCGGCAAGUGAUGAGGCGGUGGAGAAUCACUUUGAAACGGUGGUUGUUGGGAAUGAUGAAGGCGUUUGUGUGAUUUGUAUGGAUACGAUCCGGGUCGAGUCGGGUGUGGCGGCGGCUCGAAUGCCGUGUUCGCACGUGUUUCAUCGCAACUGUGGAGAGGAGUGGCUUAGGAGCAGUGGGAUUUGUCCG